GGGAGACACUCCAUCACAGUCACGACACUCGCCUCCGCUGGGAACAUCGGGGAGGAUGGGAUCCUGAGUUGCACCUUUGAACCUGACAUCAAACUUGCAGAUAUAGUGAUCCAGUGGCUCAAAGAAGGUGUGAUGGGCCCCGUACACGAGUUCAAGGAAGGCAAAGAUGACCUGUCAGAGCAGAAUGAAAUGUUCCGAGGCCGGACAGCAGUGUUCACUGAUCAAGUGAUAGUUGGUAAUGCCUCUCUGAGGCUGAAAAAUGUGCAACUCACAGAUGCGGGCACAUAUAAGUGCCACAUCAUUACCUCAAAGGGCAAGGGGAAUGCUAACCUUGAAUAUAAAACUGGAGCCUUCAGCAUCCCAGAGGUGAAUGUGGACUAUAAUGCCAGCUCAGAGACCUUACGAUGCGAGGCGCCCCGGUGGUUCCCCCAGCCAACGGUGGUCUGGGCAUCCCAAGUGGACCAGGGAGCCAACUUUUCAGAAGUUUCCAACACCAGCUUUGAGCUAGAUUCUGAGAACGUGACUAUGAAAGUUGUAUCCCUACUGUACAAUGUCACAAUCAACAACACAUACUCCUGUAUGAUUGAGAAUGACAUCGCCAAAGCCACAGGGGAUAUCAAAGUAACAGACUCUGAAAUUAAAAGGCGUAGUCGCCUACAGCUGCUGAACUCCAAGGCAUGCCUGUGUGUUUCUCCUGUCUUUGCCACCAUCUGGGUUCUCCUGCCCCUCGCUCCUUACCUGAUGUUAAAAUAG